GGCCUCCUAUUACAUGUGGUGGUCGAAACCCUAGCUCUCUCUCUUGCCUCGACUCCCCCGUCCCGACUCUUUUUCAGAUCCCGCACUCGCAACACAAAAAUGGUGUUCAAGAGGUACGUGGAGAUCGGGCGAGUGGCUCUCGUUAACUACGGGAAAGACUAUGGCAAACUCGUCGUCAUCGUUGACGUUAUCGAUCAAAACAGGGCUCUUGUUGAUGCCCCUGACAUGGUGAGGGCCCAAAUGAACUUCAAGCGUCUUUCUCUCACGGAUAUCAAGGUUGACAUUAAAAGGGUGCCUAAGAAGAAGACUCUAAUUGCUGCCAUCGAAGCCGCUGACGUAAAGAACAAGUGGGAGAACAGUUCCUGGGGCAGGAAGCUGAUUGUGCAAAAGAGAAGGGCUUCCCUUAAAGACUUCGACCGAUUUAAGCUCAUGUUGGCAAAGAUAAAGAGAGGUGGACUCAUCAGGCAGGAGCUAGCAAAACUUAAAAAGGAAAGUGCAGUUUGAAUCCGCAUUUAUUUCAGUGUUACAAUUUUGCUUGGUUUCAUUUUUUCGAUUGUUUCUGUUUAUGUAUUGUUCUGUAGGAGGAACUAGCAAAUUCGACAUUUUGGUACGACAUUAUUUUUAUACAGCCUUUGAACUGUAGAUUGAUAUAUUGACGAUACCAAUGUAUUUUUGUUAUUGAAAUGAAAUGGAGCUUGCUUUCGCAUUUAAGCUAA